AGCGUGCCGGGUCUGCAAGCCGUUACCGAUGGGAAGAUGGUGGAAUCUGGAGCAGCAACGUGCACGAUACUCCGUCCCAAACAUUUCCAAAAACAUUUACCAUCUCAACCUGGCAUUAGAUAUCGGUUACCCGGAGACAACCAUAGAUAAUACAUACUAAAACUGAGACGAAACUAUAAGUAUUUUGAUUUCGGUGCGAGGCGCACCUUACAUAUGGUGUCUCAAACGUGGGGGCCAAACUGAACAGCUCACAGUAUUUUUUUGAUAUUCUGCGAGGGAUUUCUCGGUAGGGACUGUUGAUAAAUCGGUCAUCGUUUACAGCGUGUCUCCUUCAGACGUUGGUGUGUUGGAGCAGCUGUCAAAAUGCCACGAAACAAAAAGGGGAAACGCGGAGGGAACAGUUCGAGUAAGGGCUCACUUCGACAGGAAGUGCUUCAGCUGCAGUUGUCAAAAACUGCGCUGUCACGUACAGGGAGGAAUGGGGCGAGAGGCGAGACUGGUGUGAGUGAUGAUGAUUUGGCAUCUGAUGUUCUCAGUCACUAUAGCAGUGCCAGUGAAAGUGCGUCAGUUAUAGAAGAGGGUGCAGGUGAGGUGGUUGAUGAACAAACUGCUCAGGAAGAAACAGAAGACAAACUGAAGCAAUGCAUCGACAAUCUUAUGGACAAAAGUGCCAAGACCCGCCUGGCUGCAUUAGAAAGUCUGCGCUUGGCGUUUUCCUCUAGGGUUCUGUAUGAGUUCCUGUUAGAGAGACGUUACACCAUCAGUGACUGUCUAGAGAGGAGCUUGAAGAAAGGUGGAGGAGAGGAGCAGGCUGCCGCUGCUACAGUUUUCGCUCUGUUGUGUGUGCAGCUUGGGGGCGGAGUCGAAGGCGAGGAAGGCUUCAAGAUGCUCCGCCCUGUCCUCAGCACUAUUCUGAUUGACAGCUGUGCCAGCCUGGCGGCACGUCAGAGUUGUGCUCGGGCUCUAGGUAUGUGCUGCUAUGUGUCUGCCUCAGAUGAUGCAGAGGAUCUGCUGAAAUCUCUUGGACACUUGGAGAGUGUGUUUGUGGGUGCGUAUCCUCUAGGCGAUGGCUCUCUGCCCUCUGUCAAAGCCGGGACCCCUGCUCUCCACAGCGCUGCCCUACAGGCUUGGGCUCUGCUCUGCACCCUCUGUCCUGCGUCGCGCAUCAACACCAUUCUCAAUCAUCCACUUGCCCGUCUGCAUGCAUGUUUAGAAAGCAGUGAGGUAAACUUCAGGAUGCUGUGGGACGAGACCAUCGCUCUGCUGUAUGAACUGGGCCGGGACAUCGAUCAGGAAUUCGAGUAUGAGGAGUGCGACGCAUUGUGCGAUAGUCUGAAGAGUCUGGCGACUGAUGGAAACAAACAUCGUGCUAAAAACGACCGUAGGAAACAGCGCUCUAUCUUCAGAGAGGUCCUGCACUACAUUGAGAAUGAAGAUUUCACAGAUGAGAAGAUUCAGUUUGGGAUUGAGGUCAUCUAUAUUGAUGGCUGGAUGCGCCGUAGGAUUUAUGACGCCUUCAAGGAGGUGCUCGAGUCUGGAUCAAGACACCACCUACAGUUUAAUCCUCUGCUGAGGGAUAUUUUUGGCCUUGGACCUCCUCUCAUCAUGGAUGCAUCUGUCAAGGCCAGCAAGAUCUCUCGCACCGAGAGGCAUCUGUUCAACUCUGCUGCAUUCAAAGCUCGGACUAAAUUAAGGAACAAAGUGAGGGACAAACGUGCUGAUGUGAUGUGAGGAUGAAGAUUACACACUGAGAGAAACACUACAUCCUUAAUCCCCUCGGCUCACUUGAAAAUAUAGUUUGAUUAACUGCCAAGCCAGAGACUUGACCAUGGACGUAUGUGUCUGCCUGAGUGUGUGUGAGGCUGAGCGUGUGCAUGUGUGUGUGUGUAUGCGGUGUUGUGUUUUUAUUUAACAUCACAGUGUGUGAAAGCUAGGAAUCCUACAAUUAAACAGACAUAAAAUAUUCAAUCUUUAUAACAGCCUCUUGUAAGGUUUUUGGGGGAAAAUGGAAUUUUUAUCACAGAAAUAUAAACUUUUUACAGCUCUGCAACAAAGAACGAGGCCAAGAAAAAUGAAAUCUUUGUAGUUUUUCUAUAUGCAUUUUUAUAACUGGACUCUACUGAUGGCACAAGUGAUGAUGCAAGCAAAUGAAAAGGCAUCUCAGACUGCAGGUUGGUUUAAGCAGUUUUGUUAAAACCUCCUUCACUGCCACUUAAAGCAACCAUGUUUUACAUCAUAACUCUGCUCAUCUGCUGAAAGUGUGCGUUUUAUUGGUUCCCAGUAGCUAAGUUCCUUCU